UAGAGUAGGAGACUAUCUCUGUGGCGGUCGUGCGUUUAAAAGUCAACCCUGGCGCGCACGAAUACAUUUAUCCCUCAUGUUUACAGUUUUGCUCGUUUUUGGCAGCUAAUUACGUCCUUUUGAACGUUUUCGAGUUAUUUUCAUGGCUAAUGUUUUUUAUUUUUAUUUUUAUUUUUUUUAAACAUUUUACAACUAAAUGUAAGUGUAAUCUUUCAAGGGGUAGACGUACGAUUUUUGCGUGGGCCGGUGAAGGUAAGUGAACGCAUCAUAAAGCCUGCUCGGAGUGAGGCUGAUUCAGAAGCAGGUACGUAAACGUUUCACUGCUUUUAUCCCCAAACGCAGUCAGCAGAAUCGCGAUUUUGUGCUCAUGCAAGCAUUUCGAGCGACUACCGAAACAUGAAAGUUUGCUGUCGUAGAAUUCCCGCUUGUUCGGCUCUCGUUUCAAAGUACCCGGAGCGGCACGUGACGCCCACAUGUCAUUCGGAAACGCAAGCAUUUAAAAGUGAAUGCAUUGUUUUUGCAAACGCACUCGUUCGUCACGGGCCGACGACAUCUUCCCACUUUCCUUUGGUAACCGCUGUGCCGUUCGGUGUCGUGUAUCUUUUUUCAAACAAUGACGGAAUCACGCCAAUCCACUCCUGUUAAAUCAUGGUUUUGCGUCAUAUUUGUCUAUAGUUCUAAUAAAUGGCUCACAUUGUGACGAUGGAUGCAUUUCAUGUCCAGCCUAGCAAUUGAAUUAUCGACGUCACGUCACUUAUUCGCAUUCUCUGACUUGAGUGGAAUCACGUUGGUCCUCACUUAAGCAAUAAAGUAUUCGGAGUAGUUUAGGGUUGCAGUGCUAUCACACUUCGACAUCCCUGACAGCUGAAAUAAAUAUCUUUUGAUAUGAACAUUUGACUGAGUACUCGAGAUUUAUGUAUGCAGAUAGAUGAUAACACUAAACUGGAUCGGAGUUCUUUUCCCGGUCUCAUUUGUUGAUGACAACGUUGGAGUUAUUGUUGUGUUUGUGUUGUUUGGUGUGACAGUGAGGAUGGCGGGCCUGUGGCGGUCCUACCAGGCCUUGAUGGCAAGACGCCCCUGGACGGUGCAGAUUGUGACCGCCGGCUCCCUGGUGGGCGUGGGCGACGUCAUCUCGCAGCAACUGAUGGAACGACGCGGACUCGCUCGCCACGACGUGCGCCGCACAGCCAAGAUGAUGAGCAUUGGAUUUGUCUUUGUGGGCCCGGUCGUCGGCAGCUGGUACAAAAUUCUGGACCGCCUGGUGGCUGGAGGAGGCAAGAGUGCGGCCAUGAAGAAGAUGAUGAUCGAUCAGUUGUGCUUCGCUCCGUGUUUCUUGGGUGCCUUCCUGGCUCUGUCGGGCGUUCUGAACGGGCUCAGCGUGCGGCAGAACGUCGCCAAGCUGCGCCGGGACUACACAGACGCGCUUAUCUCAAACUAUUAUCUAUGGCCACCGGUGCAGAUGGCCAACUUCUACUUCAUCCCACUGCACCACAGGUUGGCUGUGGUGCAGGUGGUGGCUGUGGCCUGGAACUCCUACUUGACCUGGAAGGCCAACACCUUGUGAUGCGCCGGCGCCGCCAUCUUGUUUUUUGUUGUUGUUGUUGUUGUUGCUCGAAUCAUACUGCGGCUCCUCGACAAUAGACUUCACCAGACUGACUCAUCGCUCAAUGACGGGAUGACACAUUUAACACAAUUAUGGAAAUCACACUCACAAACAUCCACUUCCUGGUUGGUGUGUCACUAAAGCGUUGAACAACAGUAUUACAAGUUUAGUUCUUUGUGUAAGCCCUUUUUAGAUCUUUCCUAAUUAAAAAAAAAAAAACUUUCUUUAAAAAUUGUUGCCAUUGUGAAUA